UUAAUCGAAGGAUAGUUGACCAUUAAAAAGUUCAGUCAAUUGGGACAGAUCGGGGUGUGGACUGAAGAAAGAAAGUACAAUGAGGACAAAGGCCAUUUUUCUGUCUGCCUUGCUUGGGGUGAUAUUUCUCUCACAAAAUCUUGUCGUUGAGGCAAAUAAAGAUUCUUCGAAAAGCAAUAAUGGGAGAACCAGUGGUGGGCAAAGACGCCGUCAAGAAGUGGCGCACCCCUUGGAUCCUUUAACACUGUUAGAAAUUAUCCAAACUUCCGCUCUCAUUAAGGAUUACAGACCAGGCGUCCAAUGGGUCUUUGUCGACAUUACGUUGAAAGAACCGGAAAAAUCUUUGCUGCUUCCGUACUUUCUGAGUGAUACUGAACCUCCUCCAUUUCUAAUUCCGAGAAAGUCUUUGGUGGUGGCUGUCGAUCCAACAACCGGGUUAAGUUAUGAAGCUGUCGUAAAUCUUGGGCUAAAUAUGUUGGAGUUGUGGGAACAACUCCCAUCAGGAAUUGACACCAGUUUUGCAUCAGAUGAAUUGAACGCUAUUCAUGAUAUGGUUUUGGACGAUCCAAUUAUCUUGGAAAGACUCAGCAUUUAUGGCGAGUUUUAUGGGAAUAAAAGCAACGUGGUUACAGACGUGUGGAAAUAUGGCUACUCAAAGGAUAAGCCUGAGUACGCUGGGAAGAGGAUUGCACAAGUAUUCUUUUAUGGAAGAAACUUCGAAAAUGACAAUUUUUAUGCUCAUCCCAUGGGGUUCGUCGCUGUGGUGGACACGCUUCGCCAAGAAGUGCUGGACAUUGAAGAGAUACCCAUUCAGAGUGAUUUUGACACAACCAACAGGGAAGGGGACGAGGUUUCUGAAGCAACUGGCAACUAUGACCCUGACGUAUUCGAAGGCACAUAUCGCGACGAUGUCAAGCCAAUUACAAUUAAUCAAGAUGGGCCUAGCUUCACCAUGGAUGGGAAUGUUCUCAGAUGGCAAAAGUUCAAGAUGCGCGUUGGACGGAACGGACGCGAAGGGUUGCUCCUCCAUCACGUAAACUAUAACGAUAGUGGCGUAGUUAGACCAUUAUUGUACCGCGCAUCUCUGUCUGAGCUCUUCGUGCCUUAUGGUGACCCCAGGCCGCCAUACCACAGAAAAAUGGCGUUGGACGUGGGGGAAUAUGGUCUUGGCUUCUCGGCGUCAGAAAUGCGCUCGCCAGACGGGUGUCGAGGCACUGUUCACUUCUUGGACAUAAUCAACAGCGACAUGUCAGGUCAGCCUUGGACCGUAACAAAUGCUAUCUGCAUAUAUGAAGAAGAUGCAGGAAUUUUGUGGAGAAAGAUGGAUCCCUUAACUCGACGAAUUGUUACUGCACGAUCACAACGUCUCGUUCUCACGUUCAUUGCAACUGUAUCAAAUUACGACUACCAACUAAAAUGGAUAUUCUGUCAAGAUGCGUCCAUCAGGGUUGAGAUGAUUUUAACCGGAAUUGUGAGUCAAAAUAUGCUCGGGUUAAACGCAACGCCAGGCGGUCAUGGGACCAUUGUCAUGCCGAACAUCAAUGCCCAGUUCCACCAGCACUUUUUCGCUGUGAGAUUGGACACCGAGAUUGAUGGGAACAGGAACACCGUUUCAGUCGUGGACAUUUUACCUGAUGACAUCCCCGCUGGUGAUCCUACCCAUCCUUAUGGAAAUGGGUUCAGCGUCUCAGAAACCGUUCUAAGAAAUGCAAGUCAAGCGAGGACAAAAACUCAGCCAGACACAGCAAGAACAUGGAGAGUCAUUGGUGAACCGACCAACGUCAACCCUAUUUCGGGGGGAUCUAAAGGAUGGAAAUUAAUUCCAGAUCACGUCGCUCGACUCAUGAUGUCGAAAGAUUCAGUUCUCCAUGCGAAGAGUGCCUUUGUAGAUUUUGACGUAUGGGUGACGCCAUACAAGGAAAAUCAAUUGUACGCUGCCGGCUUCUACUUGAAUGAAAGUGGUCUUCCAACAUGGGUGGAGGAAGAUCCGGGGGCAUUAAUUGAGAAUACCGACAUUGUGUUAUGGCACGUCUUCGGUGUGACGCAUGUCGUGAGGGUGGAAGAUUUGCCGGUCAUGCCCGUCGAAAGUAUUGGGUUUUGGUUCAAGCCAACGAAUUUCUUUACCGAAAACCCUGGCGUUGAUGUCUUACCUAUCGUAAUUCAAGCCCAGUCCACCAAAAGAAGCAAAGGAGAAUAGUUUUGCCAAGUAAUAACUUACAAUUUAUGCGCUUGAUUAAAAUGUGUAAUAAUUGUGUUAAGUAUUUUGUGGAAAGUUUUAACGGAUAAUUAGAAUAAAAAUACUUAUUAUUCUUGUCAUAGUGGUUCAACAUAAA